CUCAGUCUCUGGCCAACCCUCACCCUGAACACACGCACCACCACCAACACCACCACCACCACCACCACCACCACUACUACUAUGGCCACCUGUCACCUCCUCCUCCUCCUCCUCCUCCACCUCCUCCUUCUAAAUCUAACCUCGGCGCUAAAUGGUCUAGAACUUAACCCUUUAAGCCAGUUUAACCCAGCUGGUUUAAUGGAAGUGGCGCCUUUAUGGAGGUCUGAGAAUUUAAUGGACUUGUCUUCCUCCUCCUCCUCCUCCUCCUCCUCCUUCUCUUCUUCCUCUUCUUCUUCUGUUAGUUUGUCAAGGAAGAAACGUUACCUCGCUCUGCCUGUUGGGUCUAAUAUUGAGAUAAAAUGGUCAAUGAAUUUCCCUUUCAAUACGUUCACACUGUACGAAGCUGCCACAACCCUCGCCAUUCCUAUUAAAAUUCCCAUUCCUGACUCUCUGGUGCUUGACGAAGAGCGGGUCAAGAGGUCACUGUCUCAAUACCAGGGGUCACAGAGGGUCAUACUCGAUGCCAUCAGAGGAAAAGAGGAUAGGAGAGAGAAGGCGUAUCUCUACAACUACUUCGAAAGCGCAUUUGGGAAGGCUGGUAUGUCCGGGCGAGGCUGUGUCCUGCGUGCUAUAUGCGAGGUGGCAGAGGCGCCCUUCGAUCAGGGGCUGUUUGGGGAGCUUGUCAACGCCAUGCUAACGCCCUCUCUGGCAGGCAAACCGACGAAGGAGGAGGCGUGGCUACAGUACACAGAUUACCUCGAAGCAGAAGUCCACGGCGAGGUUGUGGGAAGCUGUGAGGAGAAGUAUUUAAAUUGUACAGUGUCCCCUUUCGACGUUCUCCACGAAGCUGUGUAUAGGAUCGCCAACUAAGGGGUAUUGACAUCUCCUUAAGUCACUUCUAGGCUUCAACACGACUCGAAAAAGGGUUCAUUUGAGGUGAUGUGGGUGUUUUAAAGGUGUUUUUUGUGGUUCUAGAGGUAGAGUGACAUGAUUUUUAAGUAUUUGUUAGAGAAAUGCUUUUGAAAAUCUCUCCAAUGUCAUGUCUGCGGCCUUAGAGAGAGAGAGAGAGAGAGAGAGAGAGA